AUGGCAGGGCAUGGCUGCCUUGGGAUGGGCCUGUUCUGCUGGGUCCUGCUUGCUGUUCCUGUGGGCCCCCAGCCUGCCUCCUCCGUCCCAGGUGCCUCUCUAACCACUUUGACCCCGCCACCUCAAAGUGAGGCCUCUAUGCUCUCCCUCAACCUGGGACUUAACUUCAAAUUUCAUCUUCGGGGACCAGCUGCUGUCUGGGGGAGCCCUGUCACAGAGACCCAGCCUCUGUCUCCUGGGCCAGGCCAGGAACCAGAAGAGGUUGCCAGUGUGCUGAGGACUGACCCCAUUUGGGAACUGCUGGUGGGCUCCCCCAGGAACUCUCCCCCAGAGUGGGGCUCUGCUGAAGGCAGUUCUGUGCCCUGGGCCUCCUCCUUGACUCUUGAGUCCACAUCACCACUUUCUGGGCCCACCGACCAGCCCACUGCUCCCUAUCAGCCCAGGAUGGGCACUGUGACUUGGGCCACUGCUUUGACGGCGACAGCACCUCCAUCCAGUAUUCCCAGGCUCCACCAGAGCGAGCUGGAGCUGAAGUUUGAUGUGGCACUGAGAGCGGGUGCAGCCCCCACACUUGGGCAUCGAACAUUACCCCUGCUUCCCAGCCUUCGAGCCAGCCUGGCAGAGAUUGCUGGGCGUUUGGGACCCUUUGGGUUUUUUGGCACUACUCUGUCCCCACUCCGGAACUUCUCAGGCUUGAACCCCCCAGGCACAACAAUAUCCCCAAGCUCUGCUUCUAAAGUGUCAGAUUCUCCAGGGUUCUUUGGCAGUACUCUGUCCCCACCCCUACCUACCUUGGAAAGGAAGCUCUCAAGCCCAAGUCUGCUGGACCCAGCUACUUCCCUAAGCUCUGCUUCAACUGAAACAACACUGAUGCAACGUGACCCCACCAUCACCACCUCUGAUGACCCAUCUCCUGCCAGCCUUGGGAACCCUUCAGUGCAGCCAGAAUGUGGGCCAGACUCCUGCAGUGUGGGAGAGUUACCUGACCAUGAGGUGCAGCCUCCUGCCUCCCCGCUGCCUCUCUUCUUCCUGACCCUGGAGGCCGACUGGACAGAGGCCAGGGCUCACUGGGGGCUGGCCUGGGAGGCCCAUGUGUAUGGGGCAGGCGCUCUCUUCGGCCUGGUGGCCUUGCUAGCACUACUGGCUUUGGCCCUCUUGCCUUGGCGCUGCCCGCCCGGCGCCCCCUGCCUGGCGUUGCUGGACCUGCUGCUGCUGUCUGCGGGGACCACGCGGGCUUUUCCACUCUUCUACGACGCCUAUGGGCACCGGGACCGGCUGCCGGCGCUGGCCUGGCUGCUGCUGCAGGACCUUCCUCUGCCCUGCCUGGCAGCCGGCUUGGGGCUGGCCUGCCUGCUUCUGGCUCGGCCUCGCCCGCCGCGGUGCCCCGCCGGAUUGGCCGCGCUGUUGCUUCUGGGGCUAGGGCUGUCGGCCGCCGCAGCGCUUGGCAGCGCCGCGCAUCGCCCGCUGCGGCCCCUGCGGCUCGUCUCGCGCGGGCUGCACGCCUUCCUUGCCGCGCUCCUUUCAGGGCUCCUGCUGGCGCUCUCCUGCUGGCGAGGUCGGCGGCGGCGGGCUGGAGCGCCCCUGGGAGGGUCUGGCUUCAAGGGAUCUACCCCUGUCCCGCAGGCGCGCAGCCCUUUCGCCCCCCGUGAGUCCUGGCGGCGCGCGGCGCGCACUGCUCCGGUGGCUGGCACUUUCGGGCUGUUGAGCGGAGCCCUGCAAGGCUACGAGGUUCUUCACGCCCUAGGUUAUGGAGGCCAACCUGGCCUAGAGGGGCCUUGGCCCUGGUGGGCCUUCCAGCUAGGCCUGCGCCUGGGCGAGGUGGGUGUCGCACUCCCGCUGGCGCUGCUGGGACUUUACCCCGCGCUCUGCAGUCCCCGCGUGCCUCCGCGUUGCUGGGCUAAGCUCUUCCGAUUGUCCCCGGGCCAUGCGGCUCCGCUCCUGCCAGGGGGCUGGGUCACUGGGCCCCCAGACAAGGAGCCUCUGGGUAGCGCCAUCGCACGUGGCGACACCGAGUUGCUUCAGUUGUGCGCCCUGGCAGGGCCAGGCCCAGACCUCUUACUCCAGGGAGGUGGCUGCCGGGGCUUCAAAGGCACCGCGGCCAACUCGGCCCAGUCCCCCGCCUCUUCCCCUUGCAGCGAUUGCACCGUAGACUUCCGCCCGCCCUCCCCAAUCAACCUGCGGCGCAGCAUCGAGGAGGCCCUCUGCAGCGAGGCGCUGCUGGCUCCCGGUCUCUUCCAGGGCCCUGCCUUCGGGGAAGCCCUGCCUGGGCUCGGCCUCUAUCGCACAGCCUCGCUAGGGACCAAGACAGGGACUGGGCCCAGUGGAAAGUCGGAGGAGACCCCCAGUUCCCCGGCGCCUCCGGAGCUCCCCUCUCCUGGGGCCUGGCCCGCCGGCAGCAGCGCCUCCUCGGGUUCUCUGUGUGGACUCUCGCGGGACAGCUCGUCCAUGCUGCUGUGUUCCAGCCCCGAUAGGCCCCUACGCUGUCCACUGGUUUGCGUCCUCAGUCCUCCGCGGCCCUCAGGAAGCAGCCCCAGCCUCCCAGCUUCCGGAUCCUACCAGGCCUUGUCCCCACCCUCCCGCGACUCCCCAGAGCCAGCUCCUGAGCUGCAGGCCGAGGAGGUUUUACUGCAGGAGCAGUUCCUGGAUGCCUGCCGACAGAUCGACGAGCUGAGCGUGGGGAGCGACACCAUAGACCUGUGAAGGGGCAGCCACUUAGCUGCUCUGUCCAUGGGCCCCUUUGUGGUGCCUGUUGUGGCCAAGACCUGCACACUGUAACCUUUUCCCCAAUCCUGCCUGGGUCAGAUAGCUCCCCUGCUUCCUUCCUCCUCCAUGGGGUGGGUGAGUCAGUAGCCGGGCUCUGUUGAUUGGGACUCAGUGCCAUCUUCUCUGGAGCCCUGGGCUCAGAUGCCCUCAGCUGUAAUUUUAGGCCAGCAGGAAUCUCACUAUCCUUGGCCUGUGCCAGCAAUAAAGCUCCAAGGUGCUCCAACCUCUGACUACUACUUCCCACUCUGGUGCUGAGUGAGAGGAACUGUCCUCAGAAGACCUGGGGCCCUGCCUCUGCCCCAUACCCACCUUUGCCAUGCCCAGAAACCCCACCUCUGUGGAGAGUGAGACUCCCUGUUCUCCAUCAGACCCUUCCUCACAGAAGGGUCCAUGGCCCGUCCUGGAGACCUUAUAGCAGUUGGGUGGGAGAUAAACACUUUCAGAGUUAAUUUAUCAAUAAAA